GAGAUUUCCAUUUUGCAGCAAAUUUCCAAUUUUGCAAUAUCGUCGAUUAGGAAAGGAAUUUGUGCAUUCGUAGCCAUAUGUCGCGAGGAUGACGUUGAAGAUAUUGAAUAUAUUGUACGUAAGCUUCUUAAUUUGCGCCUAUUCAAUAACAUGGAAACUGGUAGACGAUGGGAUAAAAGUUUAAAAGAUUUAGAACUUGAAAUUCUUUGCAUAAGUCAGUUUACUUUGUUCUCCUCUAUCAAAGGAAAUAAGCUUGACUUUCAUAAAUCGAUGAAUCCAACUGACUCUUUAAAAUUGUACAGUGGUUUUGUAGAGUCAUUGAGAAAAGCAUAUAUCUCCAACCUUGAUGGUGAAUUUGGGGCCUAUAUGAAUGUGAAAAUUGAGAACGAUGGUCCCGUUACAAUCAUAUUGGAUAGCAAAAAUCGUGAAUGA